AGAUUACAGCAGAGCACCUGCCCAUUAAUCCUGAUCCUGUUAAAACAAUAACUGCCUAUCCAGAUAUGCCACACUUCUGCCUGCCGUUGGCAACCCUCCUGGAGUAGGCCGCUCUUGUUAAUCACGUGGAUGUUAUACAUGCGUUUGGACCGUCCAAAACACAAGGUCAGGAUGCUGCCUCUCUGUCCCGCCCUAGCUGUAGCUGUCAUCCAGAUCUUUAUCUUCUCAGAAAAUUGGGCAUUUGCCAAGAACAUCAACUUCUAUAACGUGAGGCCUCCUCUUGACCCUACACCAUUUCCAAAUAGCUUCAAGUGUUUUACCUGUGAAAAUGCAGGGGAUAAUUACAAUUGCAAUCGAUGGGCAGAAGACAAAUGGUGUCCACAAAAUACACAGUACUGUUUGACAGUUCAUCGCUUCAACAGCCGAGGAAGAAGUACAUCCAUCACCAAGAAGUGUGCCUCCAAGAUUGAAUGUCAUUUUGUCGGUUGCCACCGCAUCCACGAUUCUGAACAUACGGAAUGUAGGUCUUGCUGUGAAGGAAUGAUCUGCAAUGUAGAAUUACCCACCAAUCACACCAAUGCGGUCUUCGCCGUAAUGCACGCUCAGAGAACAUCUGGCAGCAGUGUCCCUGCGCCCUACCUACUAGUGCUUGUCUGGGUCUUUGUGCUUCCGUUGCUAUGAUGCCACCAUUCCUCAGAGAGGCAGAGACCAGUCCUCAAAAACACAAGCCAAAAACAGUGUGCACGGUGAACUUUGGCAUGAAGACCAAUCUUGCACUUGGUGAAGAGUGUGCCUCGGACCCCAAGGCAGAAGCCGGUGGUUUGCUUUGAGAAAAUAUGCCCAUGUGAGACCAUAAGACUGAGCAUUGGAAUUUGGCAGGAACUGAGAAGAUGGUCCAACUUCCAGCCUUCCUGGUCAAAGGGGGCUCCAUCUGGCUAGUUCUGCAGGGAAGAUCCUGGCAAUUAGUCCCCACCUGACUAGGCCUUUAGCUGAAAGAAUUUCUUGACCUUGUUGACAGAGGCUGCCAGGGCAAACCCUCUUGUUUCUGCGAUUAGUUCAGAGUGUCUCUAUGAAAUCUAACCCUUCCCCCCAUGAGAGAGCAGUUUCCCCCACCAAUGGCAUCAUCAAUGAGAAAGGCAACUGUAUGGAGAAAACUUGCUGUUGAACUAAUAUGAAAUCCAUUUGCUAAUUGUUGGGGGGAAAUAAAGCUUUUAAAUUAUACA